CCAUCCCCAGCACCAUGUUGGCCCUGACUCUGACCGCCGAGCUAAACGGCGUGACCGACCUGCGCCCCGCCGACACCCCCGAGUCUCCCUUCUACUACACUUUCAAGGUCCAAUGCACCUCGUGCCGCGAGACGCACCCCAACUGGGUCAGCGUGAGCCGCUUCGAGCAAAACGAAAUGAGCGGCAGCCGCGGCGAGGCCAACUUUGUGUGGAAAUGCAAGCUGUGCAAGCGCGAACACAGCGCCAGCAUCCUCGCCGCCCCCGCCGCGUACGCGCAGGCCGAGCCGCCCAAGCGCCAGAAAAUCAUCGAGUUUGACUGCCGCGGGCUCGAGUUUGUCGAGUUCAAGCCUGACGGCGACUGGCAAGCCACCGGCCUCGAAUCCGGCACCAAGUUCGAGAGCAUCGACCUCUCGGAAGGCGACUGGUACGACUACGACGAGAAGGCGAGCGACGAGGUCAGCAUCACGGGCAUGCAGUGGGAGAUUAGGCGGAACUGAGCUUUGCGUCUUGGGGGAGCUGGCGCAGCAGCAUUGGCUGGGAAUGGCUGGGGUAUGCGUAUGCGUAAGAGUGCAAGUAUGAGUGCAAUACCCAGGUAGGCACGUGAGCGCCGCAGCAACAAAACGAGCGAACCGAAACGAGAUCCUCUAUUACCUGCGAAAGCGCGGUGCGGCGUAGGUUGUGGCUAUAUAGCAACACCAACGCCAACACCAAAGCAUCCAUCCAUCCACAGUCUACCCCCAUCCUCGACGCUCUGCUGGCGACUUUGUCAUACGUGCCCGCUCAACGCGUACAUACAUACGCACGUGGACAGCGGAUAGGUAGGCAGAGAGGGCAGGUACUGCCACACCCACCACCCACCACACACCCACACCAGUCACCGCUUCGAGCCUACCAUUCAAACCCCCCGAUAAUAUCAAUAUCCUAUCAAUAUCAUAUCGAAUAAUAUCAAUAUCAUACACACCACACCACACUAACCACCCGACCACCC